AUGUGGCCCUUGAGUACCACUGGUGACGGUAACUGUUUGUUGCAUGCAGCAUCGCUUGGUAUGUGGGGUAUCCAUGAUAGACAACUGAUGUUGCGAAAGAUUUUAUAUGAAAUGUUGACAAGAGGAAGUAGACGCCAUGUACUUUGGCGGCGUUGGCGUUGGACAGAAAGUCAGUCAAAUUUACAAUCAGGCUUAGUUUUAACGGAUGAAGAAUGGCAGCGUGAAUGGGAUAGUGUUCUCCACAUGGCCGCAGCAAUUCCGAGAACUUUUACUAUUUCGGAAGAUAAGGAACCUAGCAGGAGUGAAGGUACUGAACAAGUUUAUGAAAGUUUGGAAUCCAUUCAUGUCUUUGCACUUGCUCAUAUUCUCAAGCGCCCAAUAAUUGUUGUGUCGGAUACAGUGCUUCGCAAUGCUGUCGGUGAAGAACUUUCUCCCAUUCCAUUUGGUGGAAUUUAUUUACCUCUGGAAUGUCCUUCGGAUCAGUGUCAUCGUUCACCACUUGUUCUUUGUUAUGAUUCGGCUCAUUUUUCAGCUCUAGUCACCAUGCGUCACACAGCAUCUAACUCUCUACAAUCCAUCAUUCCAAUUACUGAUAGGAACCGUAUUCUUCUUCCUUUGCAUUUUUCUGUUGAUCCAGGACCGGAUUUUACUUGGUGGAAAGACUCGGAAGAUGCAGAAAUAGCGGCACGGAUCCAACUAACUGAAGCUGAUAAACUUUCACUUAUUCGUGAAUAUAUGGAUAUUGUUAAGAUUCCGGUUCGCCGAUACUCAUUCCGACAUAACUUAACUGGAAUCAGAUUGGUAAACGGUGAGGAAGGGCGAAAAUCGAUGACAUUAUCAUGUGGUGAUGUAUUCGUUACUAAAGAUCAUUCCGCCAGGUUACUGAGUGAAAUAGCACAGCAAAUCAAGAAACGGCUAAAAAUAGGACGCAAAAAAAAGAACCAGUUGGCUAAUGCGGAGCAAGUUACAGUGUCAGAUCUGCGAUCUGCAAAUCUUGUUGUAGCUGCACGACUACACUCUAAUGCUCAUCAAUAUAUGGAACAUAUGGUGGAUAAUUAUUUAUGUUUAGCUAAAGAACGUUUCGAACAAUCGAAAAAUGCUCCUGGAAUGACUUCGCGCCAACGUGCUCGAUUAUCGCAUUCUUUCAGUACUUCAUCACUAUUGGUUACCUGCAUCAAUAAACAGUGUCAGAAGAGCGCCUCGCAGUCAACAAACUUCUUAUGCAAUGAUUGCUUUGAGUACCAAAAGCAGUUGAUGGCUUCUUUCGGUUGCGCACAACCGGGACAUUUGCGUUCUCUUCGUUCGUGCCUUUCAACCACCCUGCGAGAUUCAUGCGAUUUUUCACCUCGAACAGGUGGUUCCAAUAAAUCCAAUACAAUGCCGUCCAUUACGGUAUUUUCAAGAACCGUUUCUCAUACUGACGGCAAAGGCCUCACGAAUGCUCGGGAUACAGGUUCUGUAUCAGUUCCGCUUGCUGUAGGUGACAGUAUGCAAGCUCAGCAGUCUGAUAAUCCUAGCUCAGAACAUCAUUGUGAGCAUAUAGCUGCUGGUUGUGAAGGAAUUGUCCAUACGGUAGCUGUUCAUUAUGCACAUGCCCAAGCCGACGAUGUUACUACCAAAGUGGCAUCUAUAGAAGGGGCAAAUGGAGUAACUCAUUACUAUUUGUCACAGUAA